AUGUCAGAAAAGGUUCAAGUUUGUUUCGAUGGUUCUAAUUUUUUGAACACAUAUCUCAUAUCUCUUUUUCAGGCCGUCAGUGCGAAACGAGAGGACAGUGGUGCACAGUUAAACUUUAAAACCAUACAACCUUCAUCAGCUAAAUGUAAAAGGAGCAAACCUGAUGCAAUCGAAAAAACAAAGCAAAAUUACAAGGAACCGAUUGUUGGUUGUUUUAAAACAACUGUGGAUAGGAAUCCUCAAAAAUUUAUUAAUCCAGUAAAAAAGAAAAAAACAAUAGCGUUUGGCAGAACAGUAAACAUUUCUCAAACAAUUGAGGGUAAUUCUCUUAAAAAACGCGACUUGUCAAGGCGAGUUCUAAGGAAAUCAGUUUCAACAAUGACAGAAGAAAACACAGAAUUCAGUAAUGAUACAAAAGUCGUGGAAUUGCAAGCUAUUGUGGAUGCUUUGAAGAUGGAUAUUGCUUCUUUAACUGAAGUAUUAAAGACAUUACAGACGUCAGCUGAUAUAAAUAGGAAAAAAUGUUUUGAAAAUAAGCAUGAUUGUAAUGGUUCUAUUAUAAGGAAACGAAAUGUUUCACUUCGAAAUGAUGUUGCUGAUAAAGAAAAUUUAAUUUCCCAGGAUGAUCUCAUGGCUAAAGAAAAGUGGAAAUUGAUCAAAAGAAAACUUGAGCAAAGCGAGGAUUUCAGAAAAUACGUCAAUGAAGGUAUUAUGCAAUUCUGUAAUAAUCGUCGCCUAAGAGUAAAGGAUAAAUUUUUGCCUAACGAUAAUCUUCUAAUGAACAAACGUAUUACAAGAAAUGGCGACAUCUGUUCGGAACGACGUAAAGGUUCUCCUGUUUCGAAGUUAUCAAAAUCUUUUAAAACUAUGAGUAUAAUCGAGGAAAUGACAAUUGAAGAAACUCAAGAAGCUAAUAUUCCUUUCAAUUAUAGAAUGAAAAAAUAUUCGGUGAAACAUGGAACAACGCCAGGUAUCUGGAAGUAG